AAGUCUGAGUAAUAAACAAUAUCAAGUCGAACAGACGGACUGGACAGGCAGAGGUAGCAGCCUCAGCGAGGCGAGAGAACUCUUGCUGGGGUGUGACAGGAAGUGACGUUGCCAGUUCUCCUGGAAAAAGACGAUGCCGCUCGAGGUGACCUACUUUUUCAGUGUGCUGCCGUUUCCGCUGUUUGUUGCACUCCUCGGCUCUGUUCUGCUCUCUGUCGGUGUUUUUCUGAAGAACAUUUUCAAUAUGGCGCCCACGGAACUUCCUGGUUUAUAUUAUCGAGAGUCACCUCUCAAUGCACAUGUCCUGGCCAAGUGUAAACUCAAGGAGCGACAGUUCAGCCCGUGCCCCUGGCUGGGACACAGACACGUCCAGACGCUACUGCCCGCCAUCUUGCCCAAACCUGACGUCACAUUUGAGCGGGAAUACCUGCAAAUGCGAGACAAGGGCGUGGUGGCGCUUGACUGGGUUGUCUGCCCUCAGGCCAAGCCCAAGAAGAGAAGAGCGACAGUCCUCUUGGUUCUUCCGGCCCUCACAGACGGAGCUCUGAGCGUCACUGGCAUCUGUCACACAGCCAGUGGGCGGGGCAUGAGGGUGGUGGUCUUCAAUAGGCGGGGCCACGGAGGCAGUGUCUUGACCACGCCCCGUUUGCAGAGUUUUGGCGACCCCAGUGACUUGCGACAGGUGGUCAAGUAUAUACGUCAACGGCUUCCCAAGGCUCCGGUAGCCGCUGUGGCUUACGGUACAGGAUGCGGUCUACUUAUGUCUUACUUAGGAGAAUUCGGCUCUUCAGCGCUACUCACAGUGGGCGCGUGCAUCUCCCCGUGCUACGAUGUCCCCCUCCGCUUCUCCUCCGCCAUCUCCAACCUCUACGACCUCGUCCUGCUCGUCAGGUUGAAAACUCUGCUGUUCCGACACGCCAAAGCGCUGAGCACCGUUCUGGAGGUGGACAAAGCUGUGUCGGCCUGGAACUUCUCCGACCUUGACCUCUCCCUCUUCUGUCCGCUCUACGGCUACCAGGACGUGGAGCAGUUCUGGGAGAUGAACAACCCGAUACGUGACGUAGACGAUAUCGAGGUUCCCCUGUUGUGCAUCAACAGUUUAGACGAUCCCACAUGCCAGUGUGCAGACAUUCCCUUCGAUCUUUUCAAAUGUUAUCCAAAUUUUCUGCUCGCGGUCACGAGCAAGGGAGGUCAUUGUGGAUUUCUGGAAGGCUUCCCGCCCAAAUCGUGGGCAGACUCUCUAUGUUUGGACUACGCCGAGGCUGUAGUGGAGUUCACCGCUAAGAGCACCCAGCAACAGCAGCAGCAGCAACAG